AUGGCCAACCAGCAGCUGCGCAAGCUCCGCCUGUUGCCGGCCGUGUUCGCCUUGGGUGCGCUUGUGGCUCCGUUGGCUUUCGUGGCUGCCCCUGCCAAAAGCUCCGAGACGCCUUUGGCUCCGAUUGCCGCUGGUCUGGCUGUGGUCGCCAAUCCCAUCCAGGCCGCUUGGGCAGAGCUGCCUCCGCUUGAGGACAUUCCCUUGGAAGACAUCGGCCAAACACGCCAGGGCAAGUUGGAUGCAGAGUCCGACACCUUCAUGGGCAUCAGCUUUCCGAUCUGGCUUUUCGUGAUUGGUGGCGCCGUCCUCUGGGCCGUGACAUGGGUCCUCAGCAUCAAGCCUGCCAAGGAUGCCGAGGGCACUUACAGGACCUACAUUGGCGGCGGAGCGUUGCCCCCUGAGGGCUUCACCAACCCGGCGGAUCCCCGAGUGCAGGAGGAGUUGGCGGACGAAGAUGAUGAGCUCUACAGCGACGAGCUGAGGGACGCUGCAUUGAAUCACAGCUCAGCCCAGAUUCAACAGGCAGCCUGGUUCAAGGCCCACGACGGAGGUGCCCCAUGCUUUACAGAUCCUCGGUUGGUCGCGGCAGUGGCAGAGAGUCUGGACUACUUGGAGGCCGGGCUUCGAUUGGCAGCUGUGCAGGCUGAGGUGCCUCCGGCGGCCCUCCUCCCACAGAGUAGUUCAUGCGCUUUGGCAACCGCUCUCUGCUUCCCAGAGGAGGGCGGUGUCGCUUUCGAUCCGGGGAGCUCUCUUGCGCCCGACUUCUUCGAAGCAGCCGGCCCUGUUCGAAGUGUGCUUCCCGACUUCUUGGCCGAGCCUGCUCGCUCUGGGCGCCGGCGCCUGCCGCCGGAGCAGCUCGCAGAGCUUUUCAGACCUCGAGCAUCCAGCUGGGCCCAGUUGUCUGCACAGGCUGGGCGUUUCAUGGAGCAAGUUGCGUGGCUCCUUCUAGACAGCCCACGGAGCUCGCGGGAGGCCGCUGACGAGGUAGAGGCAGUCCCUCCUGCCGAUGCAGGUAGCACAUCGGCACCGAAGGGCCCAGGACGUCGAAAGCGGCAGAAGGAAAGAGCCCGAAGAAAAGUGGCUGAAGCGAAAGCACGAUCGGCGCCCAAAGCGCCGCAUGCUUCCGGUAGAGAGUCGGCCGCUGCUGAAGAUGAGCCUGCGUGCGAGUGGAAGGAGGAGCUUGUGCUGGAAAUGCUCGAGGUCGAUCCCGACAUGGAGGCGGUUGACGAGGAGCGCGGGCAAGCAGCUCAGGAGCUCUUUAGCCGCACCUCCAGUGGCUCGGCGCGAUCUGCUGCCGUGGUCUCGGAGGAAGCCACCAUGGAUCAGAAGGAGGCGGAGGUCGUUUCAUCGGCGCGUAGCUCAUCACCUGGUGACAGCCGAGCAAGUCCACAGAGCUCGGUGGCGGGUCCUGCCGAAGGCAGCCGGCGAUCAGGCGGCGGACUUGUAGGGGGCGAGGCCUGUGCCUACAAUUUCUGCGAGAUCAACACCGCUUCCUGGGGAUCCCAGCAGCCGCAGCUUUUGCAGAUGGCCCGGGAUGCCGAGGUGGCGUCUAGCUCUAGGGGCUCCCUUGCAGAGAACGAUCCCAUCAACCUUUGUGAGAUCAACACUGCAUCCUGGAAUUCGAACUGCUCGCGAUCGCGCUCAUGGAUGGGUUCCUGGAACCCACGACCUGUGCCCCGAAGCAUGCAGGACAUCAUGGCUGACCUCGCCUUCUUCGGAUUGCACGAGCCCCCUGCGCCAGCGACCGAACCAGGACCUGUGGCGCCCUUUCCGUCCCUUACGGCGGAGGCUCUCGCGGCUCUGAGCCGAACGCAGGAGGUGAACAGCGACGCCGUUCUUGCGCCCAGCCUCGCAGCCGGAACGGGAGCAGGCGGCCAGCAAAACCCUGUGGGCGGCAGCAUGCUCCAUGUGAUGCACCACGGGCCGCAGUAUGGGCCACACCGUCACUUCCACCAUCACGACCACCACAACGGCCACCACACUGCGCAUCUCCAUGCCAACCACCAUUUCCAAGGCCCUCCUCAUGGCCUCGGGCAUCAGCCGGUGGAGUUGCCACCGGUUCCCGAGGGCAGCCGAUCCACCUUCGACCUCAACGAGACAAGCGCCGUGAAACUCCGGCUGCUGGAGCAGCGUAUCGAGUCAGAGACUUGCACCCGGGAGCGCCGCAAGAACAACCUGAGUUGGAGGCUGUGGCAUCAUUCGAAGCGGCAUCCUAGUCCGGGGCCACUGCGCCUUCCAGCCGCCGCGGCUGAUGCGGCUGGUGGUCCCAUGGCGUGUGAGGACCGCGAGCCGGAGUGCGUGGAGACGGACUCCUUAUGGAUCAGAGAGGCGAGGUGGGAGCGGAAGCGUGCCGCUGCCGCGCACCGCCUAGCGGACGCGGCCCACCAGCGGCUCCUGCGCCAGGCCCCGCCGCAUUUCCAGCCGUGGCAGAACCGGCACCGGGCAGCCAGCCCAAACAGGCCCCCUGGCUGGCCUUUCGCCCCACGAUCGGCCUCGCCACCGGCGCGCAGCGACGAACGGCCCGCAUGUGUUCAGCCUGCACCUGGCCAGACGGCGGCUGAGGAUCAUGUGCUCGUGGCAGUGCCGCGGUCUCGUCUCCAGGCAGUCGCACGUCUCUUGGCCACACCACAGGGCGGAAGCAGCUGA